AUGGACAACCCUACUCCAUUAACAGCCUCUCCGGGUUCAGUCCGGAACUGGAACGACGAUACUCCUCGCGUGAAGAUCUUAUGUAGCUUUAAUGGUGGCAUACUACCACGCCCACAAGACGGAAAACUUAGGUACGUUGGUGGUGAAACACGGAUUUUGAGUGUUCCCAGAGACAUUACAUUCGAAGAACUAAUGUCAAGGAUGAAAGAUUUGUUUGAAGGGGCGACUGUUUUGAAAUAUAAACAGCCCGAUGAAGAUCUUGAUGCUCUGGUUUCAGUAGUGAAUGAUGAUGAUGUGACAAAUAUGAUGGAGGAAUACGACAAGUUAGGUUCAGGGGAUGGAUUUACUAGGCUUAGGGUAUUCUUGUUUUCAAAUUCUGAACUUGAUGAUCCUUUACACUUUUUAGAUACUGAUGGGAGAGAUAGUGAAAGGAGAUAUGUAGAUGCUUUGAACAGUCUUCAUGACUCCCCUGAGUAUGGAAAACAACAUAUGAGUGAGUUUCAAGGAAUGUCUCCCAUGGAUGACUCUCAGUUAACAGAAUAUUCCUUUAAUCCGUUAAAUUUAGAUGGUGGUAUUCAUAAUCCAAGAAACUAUGACACACAUAUGCCACCAAUUAACUUGCAUCACCUUACAAUCCCUCAUAUGGGUCCAUUGCAACACCAACAGCCACUAAGCCCUGCAUACUACUCCCCUAGACACUCUGGAAAUGACUUUCCAACUUCUCCUUCAUGUUCUUAUUACCAUAGUCCUUAUGGUGAACCAGCAGCAGAAGAUUACUACAGACAACAUCAUGUUAAUCAUCUUUCCCCAAUUGAUCACCAAUCCCAAUUACCAAUCCCAAGCACCAACAUGUUUGAAGGAAACAAUGUUUUUGACCAAUGUACCCCUCCAUUUUCAAGAAACCAAACUCCGGAAUUACCCAACACCGGAAACGGAUUCCACCAAUUCCCCCAUCCGUAUUACAUUAGAGAACAAAAUGAACCUAGAACUUUCUACAAUGGGCCCACAGGGUAUCCAGAUAGUCAUCCAAUUCCAUCACCUUAUAAUGUCCCACGUGAUGAUAGAACACAUUACAUUCGUCAUAGACAUGAAUUUGGUAAUGAAAUGUUUCAUGAUCAAAUUACUCUAUAUGGAAACUUUCCAUAUGCUUAUGGACCUGAGAAUCUUCAACAUUCAUCAUCUAAUAAUGGACACGUACAAAAUUCUUAUUGGAGAGAUGUUCAAAGCCCAAUGCAUGGGUCUCCAUCAAAUGAAACACCAAUUUCACCACAACAACAAGAAAAUGGUAUUCCUAGGCUUCGAAUUGAGGUGGAGCAUCCGAAUCCUUUGGUGGACCCCACUCAUAAACUGACACGUUACAAUGAGAGUGAUGUAUCUGAUUAUUACCCUGUACGCCCUUUGAAACUUAUGCCAAAUUCUUACAAUCCUGAGGAUCAUAACAUGGCUCCUGAACCUGUUAUCCCUGUCCAAUCUAAUGAUUCGGUUUUGGGGUUUGACCAAUCACCAAGUUUCGUUGACCAUAAAUCACUUUCUUUGAACACCAUGAAUAGAAAAACAACACAAAACACCAAUGACAACACUGAACCAUUGAUAAAGAUAGAUGGAAAAGAUGGUUCUGAAAGUUUGAAGGAGUCAGAGCAAGUAAUAACAAAUUCCCCUGGAGUCAAUGCUCCUGAAAAAGGGGAAGCUAAAGGUGAAGACUUGAAUUUUGUUCCUCAAUUUUUUGAAUCUGUGAAAAAAGCUGCUUUAGAAUGUGCUGAGGAGGUCAAAGGUGAAGUUGAAGAAGUUGUUGAUUCUGUCCCUGAGAAAGUUGCUGAGGUGAAAGAGGAACCCACUCAAGAAUUAGAUGUUGUGGAUGCACCUGAGGAUUUGGAGUUGGACUCUGAUACUGGGACUGAAAGCAUUUCAAAGAUUGAACCAACAAAAGCUGAGGAGGAAGCCAUUGCUAGAGGAUUGCAGACCAUAAAGAACGAUGAUUUGGAGGAGAUACGCCAGCUAGGAUCAGGUACAUAUGGAGCUGUUUAUCAUGGAAAGUGGAAGGGUUCUGAUGUGGCAAUUAAGAGAAUUAAAGCCAGUUGCUUUGCUGGAAAACCAUCAGAAAGGGAACGUAUGAUUGCUGAUUUUUGGAAGGAGGCUUCAAUGUUAAGUUCAUUGCACCACCCAAAUGUCGUCUCCUUUUAUGGUAUAGUUCGUGAUGGGCCAGAUGGGUCUUUGGCAACUGUAACAGAGUACAUGAUCAACGGAUCUUUAAAGCAGUUUUUAAAGAAAAAGGACAGAACGAUAGAUCGGCGUAAAAGACUUAUCAUAGCCAUGGAUGCUGCUUUUGGAAUGGAAUAUUUGCAUGGAAAGAAUAUUGUACACUUCGACCUAAAGUGUGAAAAUUUGCUAGUAAAUAUGAGAGAUCCACAUAGACCAAUUUGCAAGAUUGGAGAUCUUGGCCUAUCGAAGGUAAAACAACAAACAAUGGUGUCUGGAGGUGUUCGUGGAACUUUGCCUUGGAUGGCACCUGAGCUUCUUAGUGGAAAAAGUCAAAUGGUAACAGAAAAGAUUGAUGUUUAUUCAUUUGGGAUUGUCAUGUGGGAACUACUCACUGGAGAUGAACCUUAUACAAAUAUGCAUUGUGCUUCCAUUAUUGGAGGAAUUGUGAAUGGAACAUUACGUCCAACAAUACCAACAUGGUGUGAUCCCGAAUGGAAGUCAUUAAUGGAAAGAUGUUGGUCUGCUGAUCCACACGAAAGACCAUCUUUUUUAGAAAUUGCUCAAAAGUUGAGAACAAUGGCUGCAUCAAUGAAUGUCAAAUAAAUCAUAUCCAUCUUUCAUCCAUAAAAUCAAUCAACCCUUCUUCACUUCUUUUAUUCGUGCUGAUGGGUUCAAAAUGGAGACAAAAGUCGAGCUCAUGAGGAAGAACUAUUAUUGUGUAUAAGAAAACGUUAUGAAAGUGUUGUCCUUUUUUUAGCGUGUGAUAAUAUGUUUUUCUACUAGAAGUUGGGGUUUUGAGCUUUACUUUGAAAUGAUCAUUAGAUCAUAUUUGAUAAUCCGAUU